CAACAUGGAGUAAAGUGUCUUGCUCAAGGACACACUGGUGGUGGCUGCUGGGAUCGAACCAGCAACCUUUGAUUUAUCAGUUCAGUGGUUUAACCCACUAGACCACCAUCUCCACCAUCUCCAUUUACUGAAAUUACACUCAAGAGCCUCAGCGGUCAUGGAGAUGGAAACUAUUAUGAUCAUUCUCUGGAUCACAUUAUUGACACACCAGAAAGACUAUGAUGCAUACGUUUCCUACACUAAAGUGGACCCGGACCAGUGGUGUCAGGAAACCAGAGAAGAAGAGCGUUUUGCUUUGGAGAUUCUGCCAGAUGUUUUGGAAAAGCAUUAUGGGUAUAAACUCUUCAUUCCUGACAGAGACUUGAUACCGACUGGAAGUUUCAGAAAUUAUUAUCUUCAGGAUGACACAAGACUCCUUAGAGCCUACAUCGAAGAUGUGGCUCGCUGUGUGGACCAGAGCAAGCGCCUCAUCAUCGUCAUGACACCCAACUACGUAGUGAGACACGGCUGCAGCAUCUUUGAGCUGGAGACACGUCUGCGCAACAUGCUGGUCAGCGGCGAGAUAAAAGUCAUUCUGAUCGAAUGCGCUGAGCUGCGAGGAAUCAUGAACUACCAGGAGGUGGAGGCUCACAAACAUACCAUCAAACUUCUGACGGUCAUCAAAUGGCCGGGACCCAAGAGGAGUAAACUCAACUCCAAGUUCUGGAAGCGGCUGCGUUACGAAAUGCCCUUUAUGCAGCCGGAACCCAAGCUGUCACACGAACAGAUACUGGACGUGAGCGAGCAGGGAUCUUUCGGCGAGCUGCAGACCGUUUCUGCCAUCUCCAUGGCAACAUCCACCGCCAUGGCGACCGCGCAUCCGGAUCUGCGCUCCACGUUCCACAACAAGUAUCACACGCAUCUGCGACAGAAGCAUUACUACAGGAGUUACGAAUACCACGUGCCGUCCUCCGGCACCCUUCCGCGCCAGUCAUCGCUGGGCAUCAAGCACACCUACUGCAACAUCCCCAUGACUCUAGUGAACAGCCAGCGGGCGCAGGGCAAAUCGCCCCACGUGCAGCAGCCGGGGGUCGACGAGCCGCACGUGAACAAUGUCAUGCUGCCGCUGUUGCCACGGGAAACCAGCAAUUCCAGCGUCAUCUGGUGACAUCAUCAGGACUUUAAAGGCACUUCAUAAAAGCAAACAAAAGGACGCUGCUGCUGCUGUUGACUGUGCACCACGGGGUUUUGAACUUGAUAACACUCGGCCAGUUUGCAGGAUAAUACUCACACACACUUCUAUACUGUAGGAAUACAGGGUCUUCUUCAUAUUUUUCAGUUUCUUUAUAGCAUUGCAUUUUUUUCAGUUAUGGUGUUUGUUUUUGACAACUUUUAUACAGCGUUUUCCCCUGGGACUGAACAGAGACUUAUUAACCAAUUACCUGUUGUGCUUUUGGUGACUUGGUAGUUUGAAAUGAUAUUUUUACUUAACCCUUCUAGGAUUCGUGGCAUUGUGAUGCUUUCUUUAAAAAAGAAACCUUUUGUUAAAGAAAAAAAACUAUUUAUUCUGUGCUGUCAAUUGAUGAGAUUUAUUCACUUGCAUUUCAUGUCAUUAUGCAAAUGCUACUGAGGCCUAGAGCUCAAAUUCUUCCUAAAUGAAGGAGCGAGCAGAUGGUACACGUUUCUCUGCUGCUCUGUGUUUCUCUCUUAUGAAACUUUCCAGUAGAAAGCUUUGCUUUCAGCUUCAUGGAGAGUAAUUUCAGCUUAAGCUUUCCUGUAGCUCAGUGAUAAGAG